UAUCCCGGGCUGCAGCGGUUGAGAGCUGCUGAGAUUUAACACUUCAGCACCUGCCGCUGCUGGGGGAAACUGUCGGAGCUUCGGCUUCUUGUUUUUUUCUCCUGCCUUGGGUACCACACAUAACCGCAACCGUGUCUCGCCAGCGAGCCAAGAUGUCCAAAGUGGCCAAAUAUCGGCGACAAGUUAGUGAAGAUCCAGAUAUUGACAGUUUGUUGUCUACUCUGUCUCCAGAGGAGAUGGAAGAGCUGGAAAAGGAGCUGGAUGUGGUGGAUGCAGAUGGAAGCAUCCACCUGGAGCUCAGUCAGAAAAACCAAACAGAAAAUUCCCCGCCCGGCCCGCAAAACUGCGACACAGUGCUCAAUCACUGCGAAAAGGAGACCAGGAAACUUAUUCAGAGGGAACACUCGAUCGACGAAAGCAGAUCAAGGGAGAAGAAUAAGGGAGCCAAGAAUGAAGAAGAAAAGGGAAAGGAAGCUCCUUCCAAAGACCUGGCUCGGAAACGAGAUACAAAAGUGGGGAAAGACUCUAAAAAGGAAGAAAGCGUUCAGAAAACAGACCCAAAAAUUAAAGCUGACACUGAGACCAAGACCAAAGAGGAGAAGGCUAUCAACGACAAAGUCAAAGCCAUGGAGAAGAAGCUGAUGGGGAAGGACAAAAAGGAGGAAGAGAAGGGCUCAAUGUUGAAGAAGGACAUGGGGAAGGAUAAAAAGGAGGAAGAAAAGGGCUCAGCAUUAAAGAAGGAUGCAGGGAAGGAUAAAAAGGAGGAAGAAAAGGGCUCAGCAUUAAAGAAGGAUGCAGGGAAGGAUAAAAAGGAGGAAGAAAAGGGCUCAGCAUUAAAGAAGGAUGCAGGGAAGGAUAAAAAGGAGGAAGAAAAGGGCUCAGUGUUAAAGAAGGAUGCAGGGAAGGAUAAAAAAGAGGAAGAAAAGGGCUCAACAUUAAAGAAGGAUGCAGGGAAGGAUAAAAAGGAGGAAGAAAAGGGCUCAGUGUUAAAGAAGGACACAGGGAAGGAUAAAAAGGAAGAAGAGAAGGGCACAGCAGCAAAGAAGGAUGCAGGGAAGGACAAAAAGGAAGAAGAAAAGGGUUCUGUAUUGAAGAAGGGCACAGGAAAGGAGAAGAAGGAGGAAGAGAAGAGUUCAGGGUCAAAGAAAGAGGCAGAAAAAGACACAAAGGGAGAAGAUAAGAAAGAAAAAGAUAAAAAAGAAGAGGAAAAGACUUCAGCUUUAAAAAAAUCAAAGGCAGAUGACAAGGAGAAAUCCCAGCCAGCGUCAGAAAAGGCAGCGGAGGAGAAACAGGAGGCCAAGGCAGCGGCCGAGAGCAGCCCCUCCAAGCACACCACCGGCAGCUCCCCAGAUCAGGCCAAGGAUGACGAAGCCUCCAGCAUUUUCGAUGAGCUCAUUGAGAAGGUGAAGAACAACGAUGCGGAGGUCACUGAAGUGAACGUGAACAACUCGGACUGCAUCAACAAUGAGACCCUGGUGCGCUUCACAGAGGCCCUGGAGUUCAACACCGUGGUCAAGCUGUUCGCCUUGGCCAACACCCGUGCCGAUGACCACGUGGCCUUCGCCAUCGCCAUCAUGCUGAAGUCCAACAAGGUGUUGACGAGCAUCAACCUGGACUCCAACCACAUCACGGGCAAAGGCAUCCUGGCCAUUUUCCGGGCACUGCUACAGAACAACACACUGACGGAGCUGCGUUUCCACAACCAGCGGCACAUCUGCGGGGGGAAGACGGAGAUGGAGAUCGCCAAGCUUCUGAAGGAAAACACCACGCUUCUGAAGCUGGGCUACCACUUCGAGCUGGCUGGACCACGCAUGACAGUCACCAACCUGCUGAGCCGGAACAUGGACAAACAGAGGCAGAAACGCCUCCAGGAGCAGAAACUGGCACAGGAGCGUGGGGAGAAGAAAGAUCUCCUGGAUGUGCCCAAAGCCGGAUCCUUGCCGAAGGGGUCCCCAAAGCCAUCCCCACAGCCGUCCCCCAAGGCUUCCCCCAAAAGCUCUCCCAAGAAAGGGGGGGUGCCUGCUGCGCCGCCCCCACCUCCACCUCCGCUCGCCCCACCGCUGAUCAACGAGAACCUGAGGAACUCACUCUCGCCGGCCACGCAAAGGAAAUUGGGAGACCGGGUCCUGCCGAUCCAGGAGAAGAACUCGCGGGACCAGCUCCUGGCAGCCAUCCGCUCCAGCAACCUCAAACAGCUCAAGAAGGUGGAGGUGCCGAAGCUGCUGCAGUAGGGAGCGGGACGGCUUUCCCCCCGCAGCCCGGCGUGGCAGACCCCAGGACACUUGCCUUUCUCGUGACUGAUUCCAUGACAAGCCCUUUGGGACCCUGCAGUGACCGAGGCCGAGGAGCAGCGAUCUCUCUGGGACGGGUGGAGGAAGGGCCGGGCUGAGGAGGGCCAGCACGGCCGUUCGAUGCAGUGCAGGAGGAAGACGUAUUUAUUAUUUUUACGGUUGUGAAGCCUUCAAGCUCUUUCUUUUGCCAGCACCAUGCCCAGCUCCGUCCGGCUGCCUAGAGAUACCGAGGAUGAGGAGGGGUCUGCAGAGCCGGUCCUUGCGGGAAGCUCCCCUCAGAGUGUGCCGAAGGGGCUCAGCACCCUCCGUCCCGCUUGCCAUCAGGGCCCCCGAGGUGGUCCAGCCUGGGGCGAGCAGAGGUGCCCUCCCAGCCUUGCUUUCUGGAGGGGCAGGGGACAGCCAGGUCAUCGUCACGGCUUGCCUCCCCGCGGGGUGGCCGGGAGAGUUAUGGGGUGCAGCAGUGGGGUGCCGGCUUAUGGGGUGCAGGCUUGACGUUGGGAGGAAUCGAGGGUGGUCGGAGAAGGGAGUGGUGGGAAGAGAGGGGGGACAGAGGCGGUGAGGAGACGGGGCAGGAGAUGGACCCAGGAGUGGGGGGCUCAGGGCACCGUGUACACCCCCGGCGCGCUUUAUGCUGCAGCCCGGCCCAUCCGGGGGCAUUUUGGAAUCUUGGCUUUUCACCCCAAUUCAGGUGUGGGGUUUCCCCCCUCUUUUACUUGACCUACCACCUCUUGAUGCUACACCGGCCCCCUCCACCUGCCCCCCACAGAGAAAC